ACUUAAACCUCCAAUCCGGCGAUCCUAUCGGACAUAUUUGAUGAAACACGGGAACGAUUAAAGGAGAACCUAUUUGUUUACAUAGAUCCGAAGUUGAAAUAUUUUCAGUUUCUCUGACAUCUUCUGGUUUCAAAAUUAGCCAGGGACAUUUUACUAUUUAAUAACUUACAAACAGUGAAAAGCCUUUCAAUUGGCUUGUUUAGUUAGCUCUCUGGAGCAGGUUUUCCGCUUACUACGAGGGUAGCUAGCUAGCUCGAUGUUAGCAGCAAUCUAUCGCUUGCUAUGCAUUUCACGAUGGACGACAGACUAUAAAAUUUGACCUCCGAUGUUAUAAACAAAUUGAAAGGUUGUUAUUUGCAGUUUUACAAAAAUGGAUAUCAGUCUAACAAUUUCCCUAAUGCGGGGACAGAUGGGUACCGUGAUAGAGAGAGCGGUUAGUGCCGCUGUUGAGACGGUGUUGGGAGAGAUGCUUAGAGUGGUCGGCAUUAAAUUCGACGAGCUGAAGAUGGAGGUAGUAGCUAAAGAGAAAGAGGCGGAGAACAUAAGACAGAUGUUGGAGAUAUCCCGAUCUCAGAUGAAGACCAUGCGGAAACACAUGAACGUUCUGGGUGAGAACGCGCACUCUGCCACUUAUCAGACCUACCGGACAGCAUUCGGCCAUUCUGAUCCCCGCAGAAUUCACGGGUCCUCCGAGGCCGCACUGUCCUCGGGUUUACCACAGCCGCCGAGAAGGACGGUUCCAAACAACAACCAAAUUCCCACUACAAAUGGAAACGUACAGGCAAGGAAUCGAGUCACCAUCACCAUACCCUCUGAGAAUAUGGUCAGGGCCACCCAGCCCUCUGAUAAUUUGGUCAGGGCCACCCAGCCUUCUGAUAACUUGGUCAGGGCCACCCAGCCCUCUGAUAAUUUAGUCAGGGCCACCCAGCCCUCUGAUAAUUUAGUCAGGGCCACCCAGCCCUCUGAUAAUUUGGUCAGGGCCACCCAGCCCUCUGAUAAUUUGGUCAGGGCCACCCAGCCUUCUGAUAACUUGGUCAGGCCCACCCAGCCCUCUGAUAAUAUGGUAACUGUUAGGGCAACAUCAACAUCCUUUGACACUCACGAUGAUCUGACAACUGUGAUCUCCCAGACUCUGGAGGACCGGACAUUGACACCCACUGUCUCUGCAAUGAAUAGUUCAUCAGAGCAUCUGGAACCUUUGAAAGAGGAGCCCCCAGCCCUCCUAGACCCCGAGGUGUCUGAUGAGAGCCAGAGGAGGGAGGAGGAAGAAGAGUGUCAGGCUGAGUGGACCAUUAGUACACAGCCACCAGAGACAAGCACAGACCCUGGGGCCCAGCUGGUCCUCUCCCCUCCCAGGACUGACGGAGCAGACUGCUCUGCCAGGAGUGUACUGCCAUCCUCCCAGCCCCUGUCCCAGUUCCAAGUGAAAGAGGAGGAAUCUGAGGUGGAGAUCAUCUGUAUCAAACAGGAACCAGAGGAGGUGGAGACCCUGCUGAUAAACCUGGCUGCCGAAGGCUUCAACUCUCAGGGCAACCUUUUAGAUAGGCAGACUCAGGGCAACCUCCUCCUGGACAGUCAUAGGACCAUCCCAGGCUCUCAAAGCCAGAGGGAUAGGAGAGCACCCCGUCCACCACAGAGCCAGAGGACCUUAGCAGAGAAUACACCCUUCACCUCAGCUGACUCUUGUUCAUAUGGGCUGUCCCAGGCAGUGAUGUCCAUGUCAGGAGUUGCUCCCAGGCCCAUGGUGCGUCCGUGGCCCAAGGACCUGAGUCUGUACGAGGAGUUUAAAAUGAGACGAACUGAGCUGAGGAGGAGGAGCCAGACCCGUCAGAGGGAGAUGGAGAAGAACCUUCCCCAGCCUCUAUUAGCUGACCUGGUGAAGGAGAGACGGGAGAAGACCCGGCUCAGAGUGGCCCGCUGGAGAGCCAAGAGGAAGCUGCAGGCCUGUCUACUGACUCAGAUGACCCAACAGACACAACACCAACAGACUGGACCGGGACUGGGCCAGGGGAAUAGUCUGAACAGUGGGCUGGGGAAUCAUAGCCAGAUUAGCCACCACACACAACACAAAACCACAGGCCCCACUCAGACUCCGCAGAGGAACAGUGCUGCCAUCUCUCAAUCGCAGUACAAUAACAGUUUUUUGUACAACAGAAGUCACUGUGAGACUGGGGCUGGUAAUGUUAACUACCCUCCUCUCCAGUUCAACUCCUCUCUAAUGCUGGGGCAACAUGGAGGACACAAUAUGGUGGAGCACAUUAUGCAGCCUACAAUGACAUCAUCCUCACAGCAGGGCCUCUCCCUGACAGACUCUGAGCUCUACCAGUAACAAGGGAUCAUGGGUAUUCAAAUCUUACCCAACAAGUUCUGGAUUACUGCUGUUUUUUGUUGUUGUUCUACCUGAUAAUGAAUUACACCCACCUGGUGUCCCAGGUCUAAAUCAGGCCCUGAUUAGAGGGGAAUCACCCACCUGGUGUCC